AUGUCCGACACCGAAGCGCAGGAUCAAGUGGGUCCCUCUAAGCAAAUUCGCAUCCCCAACAAGCACAAGCGACAGGAAGUCUUUCGGCGACAGCAAAAGGAAAAGAAGAAGGAGAAGCUCGAGCGACGAAUUAGACUUAGAAAAGAGGAAAAGGGAGAAGAAGGAGCUUUGAAGAAGCAGGUGAGCGCUGAAUCAUUUGCUUGCGAGGCAGCAAAUUGACACCGCGUGAAUGCGCAUCAUCGCGCGUCUUGCAAACCCAGGCUCGACUGGAGGCGAAUGUGCCGACGACGAUCGAGAGCACUCGACUGUACAAUCCCACCAUCAUCAAUGCGCCCAAUACGCACGCUGGUCCUGGUCCCUCCAACCGGCUGCCACAAUCCGACGCUGAAGACAGCGACGCGGAGGAAGUGGCGGGCGAACGCGAUGCAGAGGAAGGUGCAGAGCUGACGGGCAACGCGGAAUCAGAAGUCGAUCCGGAGGACGAUCCUCAUGCACCUCCUGCGUUGCUCAUCACCACCUCUCUAACCUCCAACAGCGUCACUCCACACCUCCGCUCCGCAAAAGCGCGCAGCAAAGUGAGCGAGAGGACGCAAAUGUUCAUCGACGAGUUGUUGAACGUCUUUCCGGGCGCCGAGUACAGGCAAAGAUCGAAAGCCAAAGGGGCGGGUCUGGGCAAGAUUGCAGGAUGGGCGAGAGGAAGGGGAUACGGUGGUAUGCUGGUGAUCGGCCAAGACAAGAAGGAGCCGGUCUCGAUCACCAUCAUCGGUUUGCCCGUUGGACCUACCGCUUUCUUCAGAUUGACGAGCAUAAGCAUGGGUCCGGAAAUCUACGGACAUGCGCGAUCCACUCCUCACACGCCUGAGCUGAUCCUCAACAACUUCACCACGACGCUCGGCCAUUCGGUCGGUAGACUGUUGCAGAGCCUUUUUCCCAGGGUGCCGGAAUUGGCGGGCAGACAAGUCGUCACGGCGCACAACCAGCGCGAUUUCAUCUUUUUCAGGAGACAUCGGUACAUGUUCAAGAGCACGGACAAGACGGCGCUGCAGGAGAUCGGACCUAGGUUCACCAUCAAGUUGAGAAGUCUGAAGCAAGGCUUGCCAAAAGGCGCAGGCGCGUGGGAUGGUGAGGUGCAUUUCGAUGGCAAGGCAGAUGAAGCCACUGCAUCCACAUCGGCGGAGGAUGCCCUUGCGCAGAAUGAAGAGGCCUUGGGUGAAGCUUCUGAAGACCAGCGCGAAAUAGCCUCUGCCAGAGACGCACGCUCGAAGAAGCGCAAAGCUUCCUUUUCACAAGACGCCAAGGACGCACAGGCGACCCCUGCGGCGGUGGAGGACAACGAAGGCCUCGCUUUCGAAUGGCACGUGAGUAUCAGCAAGACCGCAUGCACUUCGGAUUUCAACCGCAACUGACGCAUACACGCUGCUUGAUCUCACUUUCUACAGCCUCGCAUGGGAGUCAACAGACGCAACUUUUACCUCUGA